UUUCCAGCUACCAAAAUGGUAAUUUAGAAGUUGAACUUUGUGUGGAUUAAGUUGAAAUUGUGGACUUGUCACCAAUGUCCAAUAACAAUCCCACACGUUCUCGCCCGCAGGGAUUUUUUAAUAUGAACCCACCCAGUAAUACCCAGGGGCAUCAAGCAAUGGAAGAUGAUUUACCACCUGGAAGCACACCAACUCAGUUUUCUCACGCGCGUCCUAACAUUCCAUCAAUGUCGCUUGGACAGUUCAACCCUUACAGCGGAGGUGGGGUGAUUGCACCGCAGCGUAAAACCACCGCCAGCCGCUCAAAAUCAAACCAAUCACUAAAUUUUGCUUUUGCUCCUGCACAAUCUGCCUCUUCCCCAGCAAUAGACAACCUCAGUUUCAGAGGAGCAUCUCCAAUUUCAACAUCCUAUUCCACGGACUCGGGAAGAUUUGUGUCUUCCUCUUCCUCUGCAGCAAGCAUUGGAACACCAUCCAGGAUCACCCCAGAGCACAUCAUCAGGACAUACAGUGAAGAGAGCGUGGGGAAACUUAAAAUCGAACCCUAUAAUGAGGCGUUUGACUUUGUUGCGUCUGACCUAAGAGACCUGGGUGAAAUUGGCCGUGGUGCGUUUGGUGCUGUCAAUCGUAUGAUGCAUCGAGAUAGUUCAACCGAGAUGGCUGUUAAAAGGAUUCGUUCAACUGUUGAUGAGAAAGAACAAAAGCAGCUUCUUAUGGACCUUGAUGUGGUAAUGAGAAGCAAUGACUGCCCAUAUAUUGUCAAAUUCUAUGGUGCAUUAUUCUGGGAGGGAGACUGCUGGAUAUGUAUGGAACUCAUGUCCACAUCACUAGAUAAAUUUUAUCGUUUUGUUUACCUGCGUGAGAGAAAACGCAUCCCAGAGGAAAUACUUGGAAAGAUUGCCAUGGCAACAGUAAAGGCUCUGCAUUAUUUGAAAGAGAAACUUCAGAUCAUCCAUCGUGAUGUAAAACCUUCCAACAUCCUCAUUGACAGAGGUGGAAACAUUAAAUUAUGUGACUUUGGAAUAAGCGGACACCUGGUCAACUCCAUAGCAAGAACCAGGGAUGCAGGGUGUAGACCUUACAUGGCACCAGAAAGAAUUGAUACUUCUCGCUCCAGAAACGGUUACGAUGUACGUUCUGAUGUUUGGAGCCUGGGUAUAACUCUAAUAGAGCUUGCCACAGGAAAGUUCCCAUACCCAAAGUGGAACAAUGUUUUUGACCAGCUCACUCAGGUUGUAAAAGGCGAUCCUCCAAAAUUACGAAAUGAUCUUGCCAAUGGACUCACAUUUAGCCCUGGCUUCACUGACUUCAUUAACAUGCUUACCAUUGCUGAUUCUGAACAGCGACCAAAAUAUGGCCGUCUUCUUGCAACCCCUUAUAUGCAGCAAAUUGAGAGGCAGCAUGUAUACGUGGCAAAUUACUUUUGCGAUGUUCUUAACCGGAUGACUGAUGCGGACUUCCACACCGGAGCUGUUGGUGAUGAACCUUUCCGGGACUCCUGAUUCUUCUCUUCUUUGCCAUUGCUCUUUUUUCCUCAACUAAACGGAUUUUAGAUUGUUAAAAAGCAAACAACCCAUCUUGUUUAGGUUGAUUUCUCAUUAAGACAAUCUUUUGAUCAUUCAAUGUUCUUAAGCUUCUCUUCCGAAUUUUCAAUGCUUGACUUUUACCAGUCUUUUUUCGAGUUUAACUUCAAUUCAAACUUGGCUAAACAACAUACAUUAUGAGGUCAAACUAAAACGCCUGCCGCAAGAGGCAGGUAUCGCUAGCAAAUUCUCGCAUUUUCAAUUCGUCUGCGGUAUAUAUGGGUCGCUAUUCCUUAAUUCAUCUACAAAACAGCAUAUCAUUUGUAGCAAGCCAUCGGGUUCCGUGAGUGUUGCUCAUUGAAAAAUGUUUUAGCAACCAGAACACUGUUCAAUCUUCUACAGCGUUUCUUCUCCGUCUUCAAAGCAUUAUGUGUUAGUUUGAUCAAGCAUCCGCACUGCGAUUUUAACAAGCGUGAGUGAAAUUCACGGUUUACGAUCAUUUUACUACAGUUGUUAAAGUCGUGCAAUUGAAAUGAUAUCGAAAAAAUUCCGGUAUUUUUUUUACCCUUGUCAAUUUGAUGAAGUGCGCAGUUUGAAAAUCACUUUGCAUUCGACGCACUUCUGCCGAAGCUGCAUGUGAACGUAAUUUUAAUGAAUUAUUGCGCCGCCAUAUCUUGAUUUUGUCACAUUUGAUAAAUGUUUUAUUCUGCACAAUGUUGUUCAAGUAGAAUUUGGUGCCCGAUUUUCAAGAAACCGAUUCAAAAUUGUGUACGUGUUAUCAAAGCAUUUUAAACGACUAUCAUUAGUGCUCUUUUUCUUUGAGCAAGUAUAGACCAAAAAAUUUUCUAAUUUUAAACUCGUUCUUUUUACCGCGUAUGUUUCCAACUGUCAGUAAACGCAUAAGACUGUGAA